CCUAGUUUUGAAGACCUCUCUCCAUCACUCUCCUGCGAUGCGGCUCACCUUUCACCGAUUGAACAAUUGUUGAAAUCCUAAUUCGGUCUCCCAUGGCCACCGAGCUUCUCCCCGAUUACAGCACGGGAGUCGCCGCCGUGGAGCACGACGGCCUCCAAUUCUGGCAGUUCAUGAUCGCCGGCUCCGUCGCCGGUAUGGUGGAGCACAUGGCAAUGUUCCCCGUCGACACCAUCAAGACCCAAAUGCAAGCCCUCGGCUCCUGCCCCAUCAAGUCCGCCACCGUCAGCCAAGCCGUGCAGUCGAUUCUGAAAUCCGAAGGCGCCAGAAGCCUCUACCGCGGCAUCGGCGCCAUGGCCCUCGGCGCGGGCCCCGCACACGCCGCCUACUUCUCCGUCUACGAGGUCUGCAAGAGGCGCUUCUCCCGCGGCAAUCCGGACAGCCACGCGGCGCACGCGGCUUCGGGUGUCUGCGCCACCGUGGCCAGCGACGCUGUGCUGACGCCGAUGGAUAUGGUGAAGCAGAGGCUGCAAUUGGGGAGCAGUCCCUACAAGGGGGUGGUGGAUUGCGUCUCCAGAGUGGUGAGGCAGGAUGGGAUUGGAGCGUUUUAUGCUUCUUAUAGGACUACGGUGCUAAUGAAUGCGCCUUUCACGGCGCUGCAUUUUGCGGCCUAUGAGGCUGCGAAGAGGGGCUUGACCGAGGUGUCGAAUUCACCCGAGACUCUCGGUGAGGAGAUGUUGGUUGUUCAUGCUACUGCUGGCGCAGCAGCUGGGGCAUUGGCGGCGGCCUUCACUACUCCCUUUGACGUCGUCAAAACUCAAUUGCAAUGCCAGGGUGUCUGCGGAUGUGAUAGAUUUGUAAGUGGUUCAAUCGGGGAUGUUUUUCGAACAAUAAUCAAGAAAGAUGGAUACAGAGGUCUUAUGAGAGGAUGGAUGCCGAGAAUGCUCUUCCAUGCUCCAGCUGCUGCUAUCUGCUGGUCUACGUACGAAGCAGCAAAAUCCUUCUUCCAAGAUUUAAACAACGGAAACAACAUUAACAACGUGACUUAGAAAGCUGAUGCAAUGCACCUUUUCAGUUUGUUGUAUCAGAAACACCAAAGCAAUACACAGGCAGAGGCACGAUCAAUUUAGUCGAGGAGGCAACCAGAGCAUUUGAUUCGUGUGUGGUGUAGAUAUUUGUUCUUUGUUCCAAUAAUCUGGUGAAAGUAGGGUCUAUCUUCCCCAUUAUUUAUUUCGUUGAUCGUGUAUUUAUAUCACACGGACCUGCACGAGCAGGGCCUUGUUGAGUUUAUGAUAAAUUAUGUAGUCUAAUUGCACCAGAAAAUUUUGAUAUGGUCACAAAGAAGGAAUUUUUAUUGUGAAGCUGGAAA